AUGCUUUCAUUUUCCGAUGCGUUACUUCUUCUUCUUCUUCUUCUUCUUCUUCUUCUUCUUCUUCUUCUUCUUCUCAUCCUCCUCGUCUUUCUUAUUUUUCAUCUUAUCCUCCUUUUUAUUUUUCUUCUACUUCUCCUCCUCCUCCUCCUCCUCCUUUUUCUUCUUCUUUUUUCUUCUUCUUCUCCUCCUCCUCCUCCUUUUUCUUCUUCUCUUUCUCCUUCUUCUUUUUCUUCUCCUCCUUUUUUCUUCUCCCCUCCCUGCUCCUCCUUUCUUCUUCUCCUUAUCCUCCUCCUCCUUUUCUUCACCUUUUUUUCUUCUUCUCCUCUUCUUCCUUCUUCUUCUUCUCCUCCUCCUCUUUCGUCUUCUUCUCCUCCUCCUUCUUCUUCUUCUUCUCUUUUCUCCUUCUUUUCUUUUUCUUCUCUUCCUCCUUCUCCUCCUUUCUUCUUCUCCUUCUCCCUCCUCCUCCUCCUUUUUCUUCUUCUCCUCCUCUUCCUUCUCCUCCUCCUCCUCCUUUUUCUUCUUCUCUUUCUCCUUCUUCUUUUUCUUCUCCUCCUUUUUUCUUCUCCCCCUCCUGCUCCUCCUUUCUUCUUCUCCUUAUCCUCCUCCUCCUUUUUCUUCACCUUUUUUUCUUCUUCUCCUCUUCUUCCUUCUUCUUCUUCUCCUCCUCCUCUUUCGUCUUCUUCUCCUCCUCCUUCUUCUUCUUCUUCUCUUUCUCCUUCUUUUUCUUUUUUCUUCUCUUCCUCCUUCUCCUCCUUUCUUCUUCUCCUUCUCCUCCUCCUCCUCCUUUUUUCUUCUUCUCCUCCUCUUCCUUCUCCUCCUCCUCCUCCUUCUCUUUCUUCUUCUUUUUCUUCCUUAUUAUUGUUAUUUCCUCCUACCUCUUCCCGUCUCAUCUUUCUGUCUCUCCCUUUUGUAUUGCACUCUUUUUAUCUCUCAUUCCUCAUCAUUUUUCUACUUUUCCUUUUCCCUAUUUCUCCUCACUUUUUAUUACUCACUCUGUCACCCUCUCUUCUUCACUCUAUCUAUCUAUCUAUCUAUCUAUCUAUCUAUCUAUCUAUCACACACACACACACACACACACACACACACACACACACACACUCCUCACUAUCUCUCUUUCUCUCUUUCCCUCUCUUUUUCUCUCUCUUCUCUUCUCUCGAUGAUCCUCUCUAG